GAAAAUAGUCAAAAUUUUUGCGUUUGGGAACUAAACGCACAAAAAAAUGGCAGGGGCUGCUCUCAAGAGGCUUAUGGCUGAGUAUAAACAGUUGACCCUGAAUUCGCCGGAAGGUAUUCUUGCAGGACCACUCUCUGAAGAAAACUUUUUUGAAUGGGAGGCUUUGAUAACUGGCCCUGAAGGAACUCCAUUUGAAGGAGGUGUUUUUACCACAAGACUUGUGUUCCCUCCAGAUUAUCCUUUGAGUCCCCCAAAAAUGAAGUUCACUUGUGAAAUGUUCCAUCCUAAUGUUUAUCCUGAUGGACGAGUGUGUAUCUCCAUUCUACAUGCCCCUGGUGACGAUCCCAUGGGGUACGAGAGUAGCGCUGAACGAUGGAGCCCUGUUCAGUCUGUUGAGAAAAUACUCCUCUCUGUUGUUAGUAUGCUGGCAGAACCAAAUGAUGAAAGUGGGGCAAAUGUUGAUGCUUCCAAAAUGUGGAGAGAAAAUAGAGAAAAAUUCAAUGAAAUAGCAAAACAGAUUGUAAAGAAAUCUCUAGGUCUUCAAUGAGCAUUUUAAAAUCCUGAGUAUACUUUUUUGGUAGUUAUUUUACAUGUAGUGUAUAAAGUGUGACUGAAAAAAAAAUUGUUGUUAAGCCAUAAGUGAAUUUAGGAUAAAAUUUAAAAAAAGUGGGACUUAGGAACACACAAUAAAUGAGAACACAUCACCUCCAUGAUUUUUAAAUUUGUAGUUUAAUAACUAUAUAAAAAGUUAAAAAUACAACAUUCUGUUAUAUAAAUAAGGAUGCAUUUCAAUGAAAUUUCUUUUCCAAUGUGAUGUUAUCCCACUGUCACAGGCCCAUGUCAAUAUGAAGCUUAAAUCAGGAAAUCAAUUCUUCAAAAUAAUACUUUUCAGAAAAAAGGAAUAUUUACCAGGAAUAUGGCAACUAUAUUACUUCAGAAUUGAAUAUACUAAUGAAAAGCUGUGACUGGAUGGUGCUCUGAACUCUCUUGCAAAAUGGCUGUAUUAUGCAUCUGUAAUAAAAACUAUUGACUUGUGUGGAAGUUAAUAGUACUAGUGCAAUAUUUAAGGAAAACCCAUUUUGCUUACAAAUGUAUGCAAUAUAAUUAAAACUUAACCUAACUUUAUAAAAUCGUCUUGUUUAGGUUAUGUUGUCUUUUCCAGCCAGUCUAACAACUGUAAUCAAUUUUAAGCUGCAUCAGUGCAUGUAACGUAGAACCUUUACUACCACACACAGUGGUAAAGGCAACUUGUCAAGUGGAGAUGCCAUGGAAACUUGACAGUGCAAAAUUGUUCUCUCACCUCUGUCAAUUUCUUUGACAGGCACAGUAUAAAAACCAAAUUUCAAUGAAAAACUUGUCUUUCUUCCAUUUGUACUGUAUACCAACAAUAAAAACAUGCCAAGGAAAACAGCAAAGCA